AUGGAAAUUCAACUAUACAAUGGCAUCAAAUACUACCUUACUAAUCACCAACCUCCAAGAAACAUACCUCCAAAAUUAAGCAAGCAAAUAAUCAACAAAGCAAGUAAUUUUCGAAUAUCUAAUGACAAAUUAUAUUUUAUCCAAAAUGAUGAAGAACGAAGAGUAAUUAGACAAGAUGAAGUAGAAAGAAUACUGUUUGGAGAGCAUUCAGAUAUUCUUGCAGGACAUUUUAAUGUAGAAUCAACUUACCAAAGAAUUAGAAGCAAAUACUACUGGCCACGGAUGUAUAAAAUAGUGGAACAAUAUGUAAAAAGUUGUGAUUCCUGUCAAAGACGGGGAAAGCCAAAGAGAACAGAAGCAUUACAUCCAAUACCAGUAGGAGACCCAUUUGACCAAGUCGGAAUUGACAUUGUUGGUCCAUUAGCAGAAACAACAAAUGGAAAUCGUUAUAUUAUUGUAGCAACAGAAUAUUUAACCAAAUGGCCAGAAGCUCGUGCCAUAUCAGAUACUAAAGCAAGUACAGUAGCAAAAUUUAUUUAUGAAGAAAUCAUUUGUAGACACGGAGCACCAAAAGUCCUACUUUCAGAUAGAGGAUCAUCUUUUCUGAAUGAAGUAGUAGACUCACUUUGCAAUGAAAUGGGAAUAAGACAUGCUCUUGCAUCAGCUUAUCACCCACAAACAAAUGGAUUAACAGAACGUUUUAAUAAAACAUUGUGCGAAACCAUUGCAAAAUAUAUCUUACAAUAUAAUGGAGAAUGGGAUAGAUUUGUUCAAUCAGCUUUAUUCGCCUAUAGAACUAAACCACAAAAAUCUACAAAAUUCACACCAUUCUUCUUAAUGUACGGAAGAAAAGAGAAAACUCCUUUAAUGUUGGAGACAACAUUUGAAGAAGAGGAGGAAGAACUUGAAUGGCGAGUUGAUGAACAUGUGAAACAAAUCACAGAACGUUUAGGGCAAACAAGAGAGAUUGCAAAGAACAAUAUUAAGAAAGCACAAGAUAAACAAAAAGAAAAAUUUGAUGAAAAAGUGAAACCAUACAGAUAUGAGAUUGGAGAAGAAGUACUACUCUUUGAUAGUAGUUCUCAGAAUGUCCAUG